GAGUGCUAUUUUGUGUUUUGUGAGGAACUCUUGGUCCUCCUUAGGAGCCACCAUAUCUCACCAAAUCCAUCUCCCAACCAAAUCCCCCAAAACUAAAAACACAAAUCCCAAUUUCAAAGGUAGUACAAGGAAAGUGUAACAAACAACCAGAGAGACAGAAAAUCAAAACUAAUAAAAACUCACACACCCCAAAAAAACACACACACUCUGACUCUAUCCUCUGUUCUGUGUUCUGUUUCACACACAACUAUGGAUUUUUGGACUUCUUCUAUCCCCCUUGAUGAUGAAUUCCAAAAGCUUGUAAUUCGAAUGAAUCCUCCAAAAGUCACUGUGGAUAAUUCUUCAAGCAGAACAACCACUUUGAUAAAGGUUGAUAGUGCUAAUAAGCGUGGUAGUUUGUUGGAAGUUGUUCAAGUUCUUACUGAUAUGAAUCUCAUUGUUAGAAGAGCUUAUAUUUCAUCUGAUGGAGAAUGGUUUAUGGAUGUUUUUCAUGUUACUGAUCAAAAUGGGAAAAAGUGUCUUCAAGAAGACGUUGCUGACAAAAUUCAACAGUCACUCGGUCCAAGAGUCCGCAGUUUCCGAUCCGUGAGGAGGUCGGUCGGAGUUCAAGCUGCGGCGGAACAUACGACGAUCGAGUUAACAGGACGAGAUAGGCCGGGAUUGCUUUCAGAAGUUUUCGCUAUUCUCACCGACCUCAAAUGCAACGUGGUAGCGGCAGAAGUCUGGACUCACAAUUCAAGAAUGGCGUCGGUAGUUUACAUCACCGACGACACAACGGGAUUGCCGAUAGACAAUCACGACCGUCUCGCCAAAAUUAAGCAUCUCCUGCUUUAUGUUCUGAGAGGAGACAUUGACAAGAAGAACGCAAACACAGCCGUUUCGUUUUGUUCGACGCAUAAGGAAAGGAGGCUGCAUCAGCUGAUGUAUGCUGAUCGUGAUUACGACAUCUAUGACAAUGAUUACUCUUGCUCAACGAGUGACAGAAAUAAGCUCAACGUAACUGUUGAUGAUUGCAUUGACAAGGGAUAUACGGUCGUGAACUUGAGGUGUCCAGAUCGACCAAAGUUACUAUUCGAUACGGUUUGCACACUCACUGACAUGCAGUAUGUUGUGUACCAUGGAACUGUCAUUGCCGAAGGACCAGAAGCUUAUCAGGAAUACUACAUAAGGCAUGUGGAUGGAUAUCCUAUCAGUUCUGAAGCAGAAAGGCAAAGAGUGAUUCACUGCUUGGAAGCCGCUGUUCGGAGACGAACUUCUGAGGGGAUAAAACUAGAACUCUGCGGUGAGGACAGAGUUGGCCUUUUGUCCGAUGUAACUCGCAUCUUUAGAGAAAACGGCCUAUCAGUCUGCCGCGCGGAGGUCACAACAAGGGGUUCACAAGCCGUGAAUGUUUUCUACGUGACCGACGUCUCUGGAAAUCCGGUUAAGAGUGAAACAAUUGAGGCGGUACGGAAAGAGAUUGGAUUGACCAUACUGCGUGUAAAGGACGACGACAUGGGUUCAAAAUCUCCGUCCCAAGAGCGUGGGAAGUUUUCUUUACGCGAUAUGGUUCGAUCGAGGUCGGAGAAGUUUCUUUACAAUUUAGGUCUGAUGAAGUCUUGUUCUUGAAGUAUCAAUAAUGUUUUAUGUUUGUAAAUAGUAGCUUUUAGUUUCAACUAGAAUUAGAGAGACUGAUUUGAAACCUCAUUGUAGUGUUUUAUGGUUUGGUCUUUCUAGAUUUGGUUUCAAUUUCGGUUGAAUUCAGAUUUAGAUCGUAGAGCUUUAUUUUCUAGGCAUGUUUCAAUGGAAAUUUGUAUAUUAAAUUUUCAUGUCUCA